AUGACCAUGAAGAAAAUUAUACCAGCCACCUCGCAUAAUACCCAAGAACUUAUAUUAACAAAAAGUGAGGAUUUAAAACGUGCUCUUUCACCUCAUUUAGCCAUCUACAAGCCACAAAUGACCUCAAUAAUGUCUAUUACUCUGAGAAUGACUGGUAUGUCUUUGGGCGUUAUGGCCUGGGUGGUGGGUCUAAUUGUUCUAGUAACCGAUCAAAAUGUUGAUUAUUUUGUUAGUGAAUUGAAGAAACUUGAAUUGGAUGAUUGUUACUGACGUCUGCAAAAAACUGUUGUGACAUUUCCUUUUGCUUUUCACUUUGUGGCCGGAUUACGCCAUUUGUUGUUUGAUACUUCCAAGUUUUUGGAGAAACCGCAAUUCUAUGCCACUGGUUAUGCAGCCAUAAUUAUUGCUUUUCUGUUAUCAGUAUGUUUGGGUACAAUCGAAGAUAUACGUGAGAAGUUGGACGAAAUGAAAAAGGAAGAAACAAAGGAAAAAUAAAAUGUUACUUGUUAGUGAGAUAGUUGUAGUUAUUUAAUAAAAUAGACCAUUUUUUAAUGGUCAAAAUUAAAUUUGCUACUGGUUCAUCAAUUCAAAAAAACUCUUGACAAAUAUUUUCAAACGCUGUUUCCAGGACAUUUUGCUUUAAAUUUGUUAAUUUGUAUCAAAAACUUGAUAAAUAAAUUGUAAUCGAUUUUUAAAACAU